UGGGGUGCAGUGUGUUUGUGUGUUAGAGAGUGUGACAAAGAGAGAGAGAGUCAGAGAGAGGGAGAAAACCAUCAGGUCUUGUACUUCUUGUAAACUUUCUGUCUUUCCGAGCAGGCAGCUUGAUGUUAUUUGCAUCUCAUAGAAGAAUCUGAUUUAUACAAUAAUAAGAUCUACACACCCAGACAGAAAACAGAGGUCGACUUUAGAAAAUGAGGAGCAUGGGUGUUCAAGUUGUGCUCGCCGUCCUCGUCCUGUUCGUAGCCACCGUGAAUGGCAAUGUAUCAUUCUGGAGGAAAAAGUUCACAAUGUCCUGUCCAGAAAAGGGGGAAUGGUACAAUGAUGAAAAUAAAAACUUAACUUCAGAUCAGACAGUGACGCAUGAAAUGGAGUAUAAUAGCGGUACCAGAGGCCUUUACUACUGUCUAUAUGGUUCUGAUGAAAAAUAUUAUUUCUACGUGAAAGGAAAGGUGUGUGAAAAUUGCUUCGAGCUAGAUCCAACUGUCUUUGCGAUGGUCAUCGUUGUGGACGUGCUCAUGACAUCAAUUGUGAUGAUGAUAAUCUACAACUGCACCAAGAAGAAAAGCUCUGCUGCACCUACGCAACCUCCCAGAGCACCUGCUCGUCCAGCAGGCCGGGGUCCACCUGUCCCAUCUCCUGACUAUGAGCAUCUGAACCCUAACACUCGCUCCCAGGAUACGUACUCAGUCGUGAACAGGACCGGAUAGAUUCGAGUCACCUGACUGCAGAGGGUCACUGGUUUAAAGGCUGCACGGACAAAGGCAAACAUUCACCGACAAGACAUACAAGAGCAUACACUGUGUUCCCAGUAGCAUGCAGAUGCUGGUGUUUGCUCUUAGUGGUCGCAAAAAUGUCAAAAGAGGAACUUCCUCAAUUAUCCCUGGUUUUUAUUACCUGGCCAGUUUAGGUUUCGGCUGUCCAAAUAUUCUGCCACCACCACAGUACAACAGUGGUGGAUGGAAUUUAGUUUGUGGUGCUCACAUUAUUUAAAAAUUACACUGAAAAACUAGGACCACUUUCUUCUAACUUCUUCAAACUACUGAGAACAUGUUUAGAGAAUCAGAGAAAAUUUGAAUUAACUUUAAUCAACUGGCACUUGGUUGUAGAUACUUGUAGAUUUAUUAACCUCACAUCCAAGGAACCUCUUAAGUUCUGACUGACUGACUGACUGACUGGUCUUGGUGGUGGUGGGGUCCCAGGUAUUUUAACAUCUGUGGGGUUGUUAUCAAGGCCAUUGGAUUUGUCAGUGGUCCUGACUUGUCCUUAGAGUCACUGAACGUGUUCAGAGAAUUAUUAAGAGUUGUGUGGAUAUUGUUUCUGUAUGCUGCUGCAGGUCAGUAAUUCCCAAUACAGAGGUACUUCUGCAGUUACAAAGGGGGGCCCAUGGAAAGAUCAUUUAGUUCAGCUAACUUGAAAACUUGGAUAUCCACACAUUUGCGUCUAGUGAGUGAAAUACACAAAGAAAACAGCAGACACAUAGAUCCCGGGUUUGUCAUUGCUUGUCUUUGGAGGUCAAUCAAGUCUGCCUUCAAAAUGGAUAUUUUGGCUACUUUUAGCUGGUUACUUUUAGCUCUUUGUAGGUAUUUUGCAUAGAAGUAUAGAAUCACAAGUUGGUGUGACGUUAAAUAAACUACCAACUACUGUAUCCUGACAGUUUUCUGCUGAAUUGGUUGUAAUACUUUGACAAAAAACGCCGCAAUUGAGAACGUAUGAAAACUAGUAAGCAAAAUGCUUUCAAAAAUCUAAAGGUAAUUGAAUGCAGACCUGACUGAUUACCAAAAACAAGAAAAAAUGCAAGCAACGGCAACACAUCUACUGUUUUGUUUGCUGUAAAAUGCAAUCGAACAUCUAAAGCUGUCAGUGCGAAGGGACACAAUACAGGGGUAUCUGUGGGGCAAUGAAAAAAAGGUUUAAAACAACUGCUGUAGACUGAUUUGAAUAUAAUCUUUGAAUAUUGUGAGCAAGAUAAAUAUCGAUUUGUAAUUAUAAUUGUACUGGUGUGGUGGCAGAAAGCUCUGAGACUUAGUGUUCACUUUAUUACAUUCAGCUGUACAGUGUAACACAAUCCAAUACAAUAACGUCACUUUUAAGAUGCCGCUAAUGUUUUUUUUUUUGUACCUAAUAGUAUAUAAAUAUUAUUUUUGUGCUUUCAGUGUAUUGACCCUUUAACGUGAAAAGUUGGUGGAGAGUACUGUAAAAAUCAUUACUUGUAUUGUCAUUUUGAAUAGUGAGGUACAUGUUUUUUGUACAUAUGCGUGGUUGGCAGCUUAUUAGGAACACCCAGUUGAAACUAAUAUAGUCUAAUACAACAGUCUUGUAACAAAUCCCCCUUUCAUGGAGGUUAUAAUGUUCAGUUUUGGUUGAAACUGUUGAUGCAACUUUAUGGUUAUUUUGGAAGCUGUAGUUUGUGGUGCUGUUGAACUGUGUUGCGUACUACACGGACAGGUGUUUUGUGUUAUUUUGACCACCCCAUUUAUAUUAAUGAGGGUAAGAUCAGAGACAAAAACUCCCUUCUGGUAUGACACGAAAUGGCUCAAAAGCAUUAGAGACUGUCACUCCGAAGUGAUAAUAGGUACAUUUUUAUGUCAUUGUAAGUUCUGACUUAUUACAGACGUAAAAUGUUCCUGACAAACUUAUUUUGCUCAUCAACUGCUUUUUUUUCUUUGUCAUUCUUAUCUGCUGUGUUAAUCUUUUAUACUGUAACGGGCACAAAAUGUGUCACUAAUAAAUAAACCACAGCCAA